AGAUUCCCACAUUUUACUUGAAGCGCCCACACUUUAGACUUGGAAUCAUGCACCGAGUUACGCUUUCAAAUGACGUUAGGUCACAUGAUCCUCGCUGGCUCAAUCACUUCCCCUCAGAGGGAGCGGUACUAGUUGUAACAGAUAGUCCCUAAGGUGGGCGGUACAGGGUUGCCGAUACUGAUGGUUUUGCUUUGGCGAUGGCUCUGCUGUCAACAUUGAAUUAUCCAUUGGCCACUGUGUUCGCUGGGGAGGGUGAGGUUCGCCUACGGAGGAAGCAACUAGGGCUUCCCCACCAUCAGGGGGGUGGGAGUGAAAGCAGAAACACGGGGUCUUCCUUACGCUGGGCCUUUUACCUGAAAACAAGUGUUGUUGUGCUACUUUGCAUCUACAUAAGUGUACCAUUCAUCAUUCGACUUUUCCCUGCUUUGCUGGCCAAGGUAGUUUAUUUAAACAUAUUAAAAGUUCCAUUUUCUGUGGAUCUCAGAAACCCAAAAUUAAUACUAAACCACACAACAAACUUCUACCUCACAACUGAAGAUGGAGUUACUAUUGGUGUUUGGCAUACUCUUCCAGUCAGCCGAUGGGAAGAGGCAAAGCACAAAGACCAGGCCUGGUAUGAAGAAGCACUAUCAGAUGUUAAUCCAGUAAUCAUUUAUCUUCAUGGAAAUGGGGGAACAAGGGCAGUGGAUCACAGAGUGCAACUGGUGAAGGUUCUCAGUGCAGCUGGGUUCCAUGUACUGUCCCUUGACUACAGAGGGUAUGCUGAUUCUACGGGAGAACCCACUGAGAAUGGAAUAACCACUGAUUCAGUAUAUUUGUAUGAAUGGGUAAAAGCUCGCUCAAGAGGAACUCCUGUAUGUAUCUGGGGGCAUUCUCUAGGUUCUGGUGUGGCUACAAAUGCAGCUAGAAAGUUACAGGAAAUGGGAAGUGCAGCUGAUGUUGUCAUAUUGGAAUCACCCUACACCAACAUCCGUGAAGCUGGUGCUUAUCAUCCCUUUGGGAGUAUCUACCACAACUUUCCAGGAUUUGAAUACUUCUUCCUAGACACAUUUACACUAAACAAUAUUGUGUUUCCCAGUGAUGAAAAUGUGAAACUAUUGACCACACCAAUUUUAAUUCUGCAUGCAGAAGAUGAUACUGUUGUUCCAUCUUUUAUGGCCAAAAAGCUUCAUGACAUUGCCUUAAAGUCGCAGAAUUCCAAAGAUGUCAAGCUAGUUUUAUUCCGUGCGGACCUGGGUUAUCAACAUGAGAAUAUUUACAAAGAUCCCAAACUAUCAGAAAUUAUAUGGGAUUUCCUGAAUAAUAUAUGAAUGUACAGAUGGACUAAAGUCUUUGCAAAUGUAUUGUUCAUGUCAAUAAUAAAAUGGUGUUCUUUUUAUUGUC